AUGAAGCUCACGGUCAAGACCUUACAGGGCGUGGCCUUCUCCCUGGACGCAGAGCUCACGGACGCGGUGUCGGCGAUCAAGCAGAAGAUCGAAGAGCUGCAGCAGUUUCCCGUGUCGCAGCAGAAGCUCAUCCACGCUGGAAAAGUCCUUAAAGACGACAGUACACUGGGCGAGUACAAUGUCAAGGAGAAUGACUUUCUAGUCGUCAUGGUCACGAAACCCAAGGCGGCCAAGCCUUCAGCUGCUGCUGCUGCUGCUUCUACUGCUGCUGCGGCUGCUCCUUCUGCAUCGACUGCUACAACCCCAUCUGCUGCCACUUCUGGUGCGGCGCCUACUCCCAACACGUCGUCAGCAUCCAACAGCUCUUCGGUAACGGCUUCUGCAGUGUCGACACCAUCAGCUGCUCCAGCUACGACUGCUCCGAGCUCCUCGAUGGGAGAGGGCGGCGAUCUGGCGAGUGGUGAGCAGAUGAGCGCUACGGUGCAACAACUCGUGGACAUGGGCUUUCCGGCAGACCAAGUGCGCAGUGCACUUCGUGCGGCUUUCAACAACCCGGAACGCGCAGUGGAAUACCUGAUGACUGGCAUCCCCGAACAAGCUGCCUCUGCCGUGCAGGCGGCUGGGCCUUCGGCUGGAGCCAAUGCAGGCGCUGGUGCCAGUGGUGAUGAGACUGCAAACACGCUCGAAGCGCUUCGCAACCACCCGCAGUUCGACGCGCUGCGUCAAUUAGUGCAGUCCAACCCGGCAGCACUGCCGGCGGUACUUCAGCAGAUCGGUGCACAGAGUCCAGAGCUGCUGCGGCUGAUCCACCAAAACCAGGACCGCUUUGUGCAGAUGCUGAACGAGCCCAUUGGUACCCGCGAGACAGGAUCAGCCCCUGGUGGUGCAGGUGUUGCACCGUUCGAUUUGGGAAUGGGUGGUGGUGCUAUGCCAUCCCCGCAGCAGAUUCAGCAGCUAGUGGACUCGCUCACACCAGAGCAGCAAGCUCAGAUGGCAACACAAAUGGGCAUGACCCCCGAGCAGCUUCGUGGAUUGUCUCAAAUGCUUAGCAACUUGCCGCCUGGAGCAAUGGAGCAGAUGAUGGCAUCAAUGGGAGGUGGCAGCGGCUUGGAAAACCUUGGUGGAGGUGUAGGACCUGGCGCCGGUGGAGGUGGUCGCCGCAUCAUGCUAUCUGAAGAGGAAGCCGCAGCCGUCGACCGGCUGUGUGAGAUGGGGUUCGAGCGCACGGACGUGAUUCAGGCAUAUUUGGCAUGUGACAAGAAUGAGGCGCUGGCAGCCAACUUCCUCAUGGAUAGCGGAGACAGCUUCGGCGGUGACGCUGCUGGAGGUGCGGGAGGCCAGGGCGACGACAAUGAUGACAUUUAUGGGUAG